CACGUUGGAGAAAAUGGCGUCUUCCACCUUGUCCUCGCGCGCUCCAACGACGCCACUCACGUAUCGCUCGCAGCCGCACGCGACGAGCGCCGCUGCGAUGCGCACUGGCUCUGGCAUCACUUGGCAGCCAUCGACGCCCUCGUCCAGCCGCCGAUCGACGACGAUGACGACGAUGACGACGACGACGACCACGACCACAACGCAUCAGCUGCAGCGUGCGAGCGGAGACGGAUCAGCGCAGCUCGCCCCGUGGCCCACCGAUCGCACCUCGCUGCUGCUGCUGCUGCCACCGCCGUCGCUACAGGCUGACCGAAGGAGUGCUGCAGGCUCACACAGCAGCCCCGAGGAGUCGUCGCUGGCCGACGUGCUUGGCUUGGCGGAGCACAAGCAGCAGAGCGAUCCAGGCUCAGUCGCAGGCUGGCUCAACGCGCAGGUCCGUGGAGCGGGAGAGCCGAGCAAGACAUCCAAGACGACAACACUCCAGGGUGGACAAGCUGCCAGCAGUUCGAGCGGCGAGGAGGGCGAGUCGCUGCCUGCACUGUGGACGCGCUUCAACGAGGCAUCCACACUCCAAUCCAAGCAGCCGGCUGCGAAUGCCAACAGCCCCUUUGCGCUGUUGCUGGCGUCACUCUCCGAUCCUGCCCGAUUGGUUGUGCCUGCCAGUGCGCCUUCGGUUGCAUCGGAGGCUGCUGAGGACGCCCAUGCGCAUCCUGCGCACGAAAGCUUUUUGCCGUCGCUCGCCACACCGUCGCGGCAUGUCAAGAAGACUCCGGUUGCUAAAAACAACAAGAUCGAUCUCGCAGUCUCUCAGCAGGACGACGACAAGGCGAUUGCAGAGCAACUCAUGAAGAAGCGACAGUCUCCCAGCCGAUCUGCUAUUGGGACGAACGCGACCACCGUAUCGGAAACUGAUAUUCCGUCAGGGAUUGACUAUGACGCUGCGCUGAAAUUGACCCAAGAGCUCAAGACCAACAUUACGCAGUAUCAGGCGAAAAUGGAGGCUGACUUCAAAGCACUUCAGUUGAUGCAAACCCUCACCAAGGCCGCCCCACCUCCAGUCUCCCAGCCUACGACAAUGUCCACUCUUCUUGACAACCUGGACUCUGAGCGCACUCGACUCCAGGAACAGUUAAAUCAGCUGGACGCAUCGUUUUCGGAAUCUCGAGAAAAGAAGGCAGUCAAGAAACCCACCGAACGCAACGACGGACUGAGCAGCCCGCUGGAAUCGAAGCUUGAUAAGAUGAGUGCUCAACAGAAGGAAACGCAACACCAACUGCACAAGAUGGCCGACUCCACAGUCAACAAGGUGCGAGCAGCCUCUGCACGAGCAGCCGGUCGGCCUGGAUGGCCUGCGUGGGCCAUCCUUGGUUUUGUCGUACUCCUCCUCGCCGUUUUGUUGCAAAUGCUCUUGCUGGCUGAUACGUCUGGGUCGUCGGCAACGAAUUCGAGGCCGCUGCUGGACUGGACAGGGUUGCUUCGUUGGCUGGGUGCGGGCGAACUCGCAGGCGCUCGCCCAGUGUAGAACCGAGUGUCGCACAUGCUGCUUGCAAAACCGUUCAGCUUGAGGCAUAAGGACGCUGCGAUUGUUUUUCAGUUGCACGUGCGUGUCAAUUGGCGCCGUGAAUUUGAUAGUGGGGCGAAUUGUGAUGUUUAUUUUGUUCAUUCAAACCUCAGACGUCGAGUCGGUAUUGCCGACUCGAGAAUCCGUUGUUGGGAGGAGGAGGGGGCGGUUGGAAAAAGUUGACACCUGGGUUUUCACCGCCUGAAUGGGGUUUGAGCUUGUUGGGUUGUGAUGCAUGGCCCGCGAUCGC